AUGCUCAGAAUUGGUGCUCAACAAGUCGUUCGUGCGUCUGCACAAGCAAGUUCCAGAAACUAUGCCACUCUUAGAGAAAUUGAAAUGAGAUUGAAGUCUAUCAAGAACAUUGAAAAAAUUACCAAGACUAUGAAGAUUGUUGCAUCUACUAGAUUAGGUAAGGCACAAAAAGUUAUGGGUUCUUCUAGAGUCUACCAAACUUCCGAUUUGGAUUUCUUCAAGACUGCUGAGACUGAAGCACCAGAAGGUUCCGAUAGAACUUUAAUCAUUGCAAUCACUUCCGAUAAGGGUCUAUGUGGUUCCAUCCAUUCUCAAAUGGGUAAGAAGACUAGAGCUGCACUUGCAGAAUAUCCUAAUGCAGAUGUUGUGACCAUUGGUGAUAAACAAAAAGUUCAAGUUUUAAGAAGUAAUGCAGACAAGUUGAUUAUGUCAUUCAAUGGUGUUGGUAAAGAAAGUCCAUCCUUUUAUGAAGCUUCAUUAAUUGUUGAUGAAUUGACCAAGUUAGGUGAUUACGAUAAGGUUGUUGUCUUGUAUAACAAGUUCACAUCAUCUGUUUCCUUUGAACCAUCUGCUGCAAACAUUUUUUCUCAAGCUUCCAUUGAAGCAUCUUCUAAAUUGUCUGUUUUCGAUAUUGAAGAUGACAAUGAAACCACUGCAGUUUUGGCUAAGGUUGCAUUAACCAAUGCUAUUUUUGCAGGUAUGGCUGAAGGUUAUGCCAGUGAAAUUUCCGCUAGAAGAAACGCCAUGGAAAAUGCAUCCAAGAAUGCCGGUGAUAUGAUCAACAAAUACUCCAUCUUAUACAACAGAACCAGACAAGCCGUCAUUACUAACGAAUUGGUUGAUAUUAUUACUGGUGCUUCCUCCUUGAACUAG